GAUGCUUACGGUGAUCUGCGUGGAAGUAGUUUUCCACCUAAUGUCGUUGGUAGCCUCUUCUGUAGGGGAUCUAUCGUCUGCGAUGGAGGUCAAAGACUGCGUGCCAAAUCCAGAUGCUCGGGUAGCAGUAAUGCAGAGAAGAAUUCAGUCUGCGGGAAGUCCUGCCGAAAAGGAGAAACUGGAAAGGGAACUACAUGAACACAUGCAGACAAGAGAGGCAGUCAGAGCAUCAGUGAUACAAGUUAUUGAGAAGGCCACAGAUUCUAAAGAGCAAGCCUUGCAUGUCCAGAGUGCAACGUCUGUGGAUAUAACCAACCCCAAAAUGUAUAAAGAAGUUGUAGAGUAUUAUAAAGUGAAAUGUUUCAACUGGCAUGAGCCCAAGUACGAGUUUGCCAUGCAUUUCAUGCAUCUGUUUGCAAAUCUGUGCCGGGAGCAAACCUCUCUGGAGCGCAUUAAGUCUGCAAUCGAUGAUGUAAGUGAAAGUCUGAAGAGAGAAGAUGUUUCCUGAUGAGUUGACACAUCAUUAAAAGCAGCAGGUGUAACCAAACACCCUUAAUAUUCUCGCUUAAUCACCACUGAAUUUACCUGCAAUACUCUUUCCAACCUGUUCCUGCAUAUGCAUUUGAUUAUUGUUGAUUAAUACUGUCAAGCAAAGGUGUAAUAUUGGUGUAAUAUUUAUAACAGUUUAGCAGAUGUGAAUUUCCAUUCAGUCAAAGCCUGAGGGUUGAGUUUUAUGUGGCUAUACCAGUACAUUUAUUUGGCUUGCAGUCCGACAAAGGAACUGCACCUAGUCACGGGCCAAUAUUGUUUGGACCUCAUAAACAGGUCAAAUAAAAGGAGGGGGGAGGAGAGAUGCCAUGAGCAGCUAAUGUAGAAAGGAUGUAUUAAGGAAGAUUUUUAUAGUUGUGGACGGAACCAGUUUGUCUAGGUUUGGUUAAAUGCAUAGGGAUUGUCUGAAAAUUCUCCUACAAAAUCUUGUUUGGAACUUCAAAAUGUUGAUGCAGCCAUAAACUUUGCUGGUCUUCUUAUGUUGAAAAUGUCACAUAAUAAGGAGUCUUCCAUUAGCUGAUCCUGAUUGUAAUAACCUUUUGACAUAAACUUUAAAACAUGCAAUCCAAAAUAAAUGGAGUGUAUGUCUGUAUGUCAUACU